UUCUAGUGACGCGUACAACCAUGAGAUUGUGCUACGGUAUUGUUUCGAUAGUUGCCGCGCUUAUGCUGCCUCGGGUAGCAUGGGGGUUGGCAUGUGAAUUGGCCGGCCACGGUGAAGCUUCAUGCGUUCCGUUGAGUGAGUGCAGUAAAUGGCAGGGAUUUUUAAGCAAAAAUUUCAAAUCAAGUAGUGAACUGGCAGCAUUAAAUUCGGUUAUCCGUACCUGCCAAAGCAUUAAAAACACCGUGUGCUGCGCAAUGGAAAAUAUCAUAAAAAAGAAAGCCGUGGUUGCACCGGAAUGUCUCCAAGAUCGACUGGGUGCUAGAUACGGCCACAACGGAACGUACCCUGAUGCAUCAUCGUUCAUCGCGUUUUUAAACUGUUUUAAAGAAGAUGCGACAAUGAGUAAAACAUGUAGCGGCAGCCUGAUUACCGCUAAGCAUGUACUCACAGCUGCUCAUUGUGUGCUGGAUGUUGAUCGGUGUUUUGUUUACAUCGGUGCAUCUAAUCUGAACUAUACUCAUGAUGAUGGCCUCAAAUAUCCUGACGGAUCCUCCGACGAGGUGCAAAAGAAUGAUAUCAUCAUUCAUGAAGAUUAUAAUACGACAACCAAGGCCCACGAUAUUGCGUUGAUACGACUGAAUGAACCAGUUGACUUCUCCUUGCCAAACUCUCCGAAGCCCGUCUGCAUUCCGUCUGCAAAACACUUCGAAGCAUAUCUAUCGCAUUAUAGAACCUUGAGAACCUACGGCUGGGGGACGAAUAUUCAUGGAAAAACUACAUCAAUCAAGCAGGUAGUGCAUCUUGAAUACGUUCCAUUGAUCUAUUGCCGAGACGAAAUGAAGUCAGAGACUGAGAAACAUUCUUUUGUUAUUGAUGAGCGCAGUAUUUGUACAAGUAGCGUAUCGGGCCACAACGCAUUUGGCGGAUUCUCCGGGUCUCCUCUGUUGUAUCGUCAAAAUGAAGUUUGGUUUAUGGUGGGAUUGGUUAGUUUUGGUAUCCAGGAAAAUAGUGGAUUGUCUAAUACGUACCCUGUAAUUUCCACAUCGUUUGUACGUGAUGGAGAUUGGAUCGUAGAGAAAAUCGAAAAUCAUUACGGGUGAUCGGAGGGGACUCUGACUCAUGGGAGGACUCAAUAAACGAACGUCACCCUUUGGUAGCGGACAAGAGCCGCUCAAUAGAACAUAUUUUUUUAAUUCGUUGUUUUGUUAAAUUAUUGAACGGCAACGAAGCAACGCUUCACGUUAACCAGUAAUUGAUAAACGUGUGCGAAGAAAAGGAUGAAGAAAAGGAGCAUACCGGAUUCAUUCCACUGGCUGCGGCAAAAGGAAAUGUCUGGAUCUGGAUCAUUAUGGAGCAGUGCAAGCGGCAGUGACUCGCGCUCAUCCGAAACCGUGAAAGGCGCCAAAGCAUUCCACUCGGCAUGCUGUUUGGACUCGCCAAAGUGCUCGACCGAGUGAUCCUCAACCG